GAUCAAUAAUGGCUAAAAGUAAGUUUGAAUAUGUUCGACUGUACGAGCUGGAUGAUAAACUGUUAAAAAACGUGUGGAUGGUUGUGAGAGUUGAUGGAAAAGGAUUUCACAAGUUCACCAACGACCACAACUUUGAGAAACCCAACGACUUGGCUGCUCUGAACUUAAUGAACGAUGCUGCUAAAGGGGUUAUGUCAGAGCUACAAGACAUUUUCAUGGCAUAUGGACAAAGUGAUGAAUACAGUUUCAUUUUCAAACGGUCCUCAACGCUGUAUGGACGUCGGAGCAGCAAGAUUCUAUCUACAGUUUGUUCCAUGUUCACAUCACAUUAUUUGUUUAAUUGGAGCAAGCAUUUCAAUGAUCGAUUGUUGUAUCCCCCUAGUUUUGAUGCUCGGGUUGUUCUUUAUCCAACAGUAAGAGAUGUUAGGAACUAUUUCAAUUGGAGGCAAGCGGAUUGUCACAUCAAUAAUUUAUACAACACUUGCUUUUGGGCACUUGUUCAAGACGGUAAUUUGUCUAACUCUGAGGCUGAGAAGCGUCUUAAAGGCACAUUUUCUGCAGAUAAAAAUGAAAUACUUUUUGCAGAGUUUGGAGUAAAUUACAAUGAACUUUCUGAAAUUUACAGAAAGGGAUCAACUAUAAUUUGGAAUGAGAAUAAAAGUGAAGAUGGUAGAAAGAGAAAAGUUUUGAAGUUGUUGACUUGUGAUAUUAUUGGAGAUUCUUUUUGGGAAGAUCAUGCUUCAUAUCUUGAUACUUCUAUUACUGAUUAGAUCUUUAAUCAUUAGUGAUAUUUUAGGUUGUCUAAUGUAUUGAAUUAUUAAGAUAUGUAAUCUUUUAAGAAAGGCCAGGGUUUAAUCGUUUUAUUGCUAUUAAUUCCUUUGGAAUAUC